UUUGCUCUCCUUGAACAACAUCAAAAACAAAGCCGGUUUGAAAAGAAUUGUGCCAAAAAAGACAAUCUAGAUUGUGACAACGAGACUCCGAUGUACUGUAUGUUGUCGGUGUACGGGAGAGUCCAAUUUGUGCUACGUGAUUAGUAUUGAACCUCCCUAAUGUUAGAAAUUGAAGCCGUCCAUCACCCCAGCCAGCAUUACGUACAUUCCCCGCUAUGAAGUGCUUCCGUCAAAGACUGACAUUUAGGGAAAUCGCUUUCAUAUAGUGUCACUCGUUUAAGAACCUCUUACAGGUUAUAUACCUGUUGGCAACUUGUGCAACUUUACCGGUCCAACUUGUUGCUUUUCUGUCACCCAUACCGGCACUGUCUCCCAGCAACCACCUGCAAAUUUCCUCAUUCUGUCGUAAACAUCCUGCCUCGCUGUCGCCUAAUCCGAUUUUCUCGCGACCAUGCCACGUUGUUACAUGGUGAAGAAGCAGAGCAACAAGUACCAGAGCAACGCGAGGGAAGUCUGGGAGAAAAAUUCUACUGCUCCAGAAAGUCCAACUGAGGGAUGUGUUGCACCUCCUUACUACUAUACAUCUCUUAAUGACAGUUCAGAUUUCAAUCCCGAAUUCGUACCAAAUGGCAGUCUUGAAGGCAUCAAAAAUGGAUCGAACCAAUUCUCAACUACCUCCCUCAGUCAAACGCACCAAAGUGUUCGGAGCGUCGAAGAAACUGAAGCUGCCCACGAUCUCCUUUCCUUGUCUCAAAGUUUACCACCCCUUCAGGCUCCUUCAGCCGUCACUAUACACGCAACCUUGCCAACAGAGGAAGCCAUAUUAUCUCCAAGGCUACACUCGCCGUCACCCCCGGAAAUCAGCCUCAAACACCCUAAACCCCAAAUCAUAAUGCCGAUACCCUGCUACCCUUCCCCCAUAGUCUACGUGGUCCAAAUGCCCCCCAUCCCCACCCCUCCAACGUCAGACUACUCCUCGGACACCGAGAACCUACAGACCCCAACCUUCACCACGUUCGAUAAGAUAAAAUUCACGAAUGUCCAAGCACCAUCCGAAGACCAGAGGAGCGACAUCUUGAUACUGCCGCUGUCUCCGGAACCGGAAGUUGUAGAGGUUGGGGGUUCGGCGGCAGCAGAUCGAUUGAGGAUGGCGGGAGGGGGCGAUACUGUCAAAAUGGAAACUGUGAUAGCGUCCUGUCCGUUGGACAUACCGGACAGGCGGAAACGCAAAAACAAAAGGACCAAUAAAACUAAGAAGACUUCAAAGAACAACAACAACGUAAACGAUGCGGAACAGUCGGCGUCAGCUAACCUCAGGACACCGAAGGGGCCUAAACCAAAGAAGUACUACAAAGUUGUAGCCGUCGAAGAAGUCGAGCAAGACUACCGAGUUCCAACAACACCGAUGGAAGUGGUGACCGAGAUCAAGACGAAUCGUUACGUCUGCGGAGAGUGCGGAAAACAAUAUGCGACAUCGAGUAAUCUGUCCAGACACAAGCAGACCCACCGGAGCCUGGACUCCAACAACGCCAAGAAAUGUCUGACCUGCGGUAAGGCCUACGUUAGCAUGCCAGCCCUGGCGAUGCAUCUUUUAACCCACAAAUUAUCACACUGUUGCGGCGAAUGCGGUAAGCAAUUUUCCAGACCUUGGCUGCUCCAAGGUCACCUCAGGUCGCAUACGGGAGAAAAACCCUACGGAUGCGCGCACUGUGGAAAGGCAUUCGCAGACAGGAGUAAUUUGAGGGCGCAUAUGAUGACGCAUUCUCCCGAGAAAAAUUUCAGCUGUUUCAAAUGUAAAAAAACUUUUGUACUUAAAUCGUAUUUGAAUAAGCAUCAAGAGUCGGCCUGUUUGACUGCUGAGGAGAGGAGGAAGUUAGAGAGUGAAACUAAGUCCGUUCAUGUUGAAACCCAAACAGUUUCCCAAUGAAAACAGCGUAAACUUUUUUAAAAAUCAAGUUCACUAUUCAUUCUGUACAGGUAAAGAACGAUAUAAAAUAUUUGCAGAGUUGGAGUGAGAUUUCGA